GAGCCACAUGGUUCCAGUUAGGCGCCGAACCCCACCAGGACGGAGAGGAAAUCCACAUCUGUGGGACGCUCCGCACGGAACCACCUCCAGCGAGGGUGGCCGUGGGACUGCAGCACCGGGAUGAAGGGCUAGACCGCGGGAUCGCUGCUCAUGCGACGGCCGGGAGCGCCUGCGAGCUGGAUUUGGUGGAGGAUGCUGCGGCAGGUGCUUCGCAGAGGGCUCCAGUCGUUCUGCCACAGGCUGGGCUCGUGCGUGAGCCGGCACCCGGUCUUUUUCCUCACCGUGCCCGCAGUCCUGACCGUCACCUUCGGCCUCGGCGCGCUCAACCGCUUCCAGCCCGAGGGCGACCUGGAGCGCCUGGUCGCUCCCAGCCACAGCCUGGCCAAGAUCGAGCGCAGCCUGGCCAGCAGCCUUUUCCCCCUGGACCAGUCCAAAAGCCAGCUCUAUUCGGACUUACACACCCCCGGGAGGUAUGGCAGGGUGAUCCUCCUCUCCCCACCCGGGGACAAUAUUUUGCUCCAGGCUGAGGGGAUCCUGCAGACCCACCGAGCCGUGCUGGAAAUGAAGGAUGGGAGGAACAGUUUUAUUGGACACCAACUGGGCGGGGUAGUGGAAGUGCCAAACAGCAAGGACCAGCGGGUCAAGUCAGCCAGAGCCAUUCAAAUCACCUACUACCUCCAGACCUAUGGCUCUGCCACCCAAGACCUCAUAGGGGAGAAGUGGGAGAAUGAGUUCUGUAAGCUUAUGAGGAAGCUCCAGGAGGAGCACCGGGACCUCCAGCUAUACUCCUUAGCAUCCUUCAGCCUCUGGAGAGACUUUCAUAAGACCAGCAUCCUGGCCAGAAGCCAGGUCCUCGUGAGCCUUGUGCUGAUCCUGACCACAGCCACCCUCUCCAGCUCCAUGAAGGACUGCUUGCGCGGCAAGCCCUUCCUGGGCCUCCUGGGGGUGCUCACCGUGUGCAUCUCUGUCAUCACCGCAGCUGGGAUCUUCUUCAUCACCGACGGAAAGUACAACUCCACCCUGCUGGGAAUCCCGUUCUUUGCCAUGGGUCAUGGAACGAAAGGAGUAUUUGAGCUUCUGUCUGGAUGGCGGAGAACCAAAGAGAAUUUGCCCUUCAAAGACAGGGUAGCAGAUGCCUAUUCGGAUGUGAUGGUGACCUAUACCAUGACUAGCUCCCUGUACUUUAUUACCUUUGGCAUGGGUGCCAGCCCGUUCACCAACAUAGAGGCUGUGAAGGUCUUCUGUCAGAACAUGUGUGUCUCCAUCCUGUUGAACUACUUCUACAUUUUCUCCUUCUUUGGCUCCUGUCUGGUCUUCGCUGGCCAACUAGAGCAAAACCGCUACCACAGCAUCUUUUGCUGUAAGAUCCCUUCUGCAGAAUACCUGGACCGCAAGCCUGUGUGGUUCCAGACAGUGAUGAGUGAUGGGCAUCAACAGACAUCCCAUCAUGAGACGAACCCCUACCAGCACCACUUUAUUCAGCACUUCCUCCGUGAACAUUACAAUGAAUGGAUUACCAAUAUCUACGUGAAGCCAUUUGUUGUCAUCCUCUAUCUCAUCUAUGCCUCCUUCUCCUUCAUGGGGUGCUUGCAGAUCAGUGACGGAGCCAACAUCAUCAAUCUACUAGCCAGUGAUUCCCCAAGCGUCUCUUAUGCCAUGGUUCAGCAGAAAUAUUUCAGCAACUACAGCCCCGUGAUAGGAUUCUAUGUCUACGAGCCCCUCGAGUACUGGAACAGCAGUGUCCAGGAGGACCUCCGGAGACUCUGCAGUGGAUUCACUGCAGUGUCCUGGGUGGAGCAGUAUUACCAGUUCCUGAAAGUGAGCAACAUCAGUGCCAAUAACAAGAGUGACUUUAUCAGUGUCCUACAAAGUUCAUUUUUAAAAAAGCCAGAAUUCCAGCAUUUUCGAAACGAUAUCAUCUUCUCCAAGGCAGGAGAUGAAAACAACAUCAUUGCUUCUCGCUUGUAUCUGGUGGCCAGGACUAGCAGAGACAAGCAGAAGGAAGUCGUAGAAGUGCUGGAAAAGUUGAGGCCCCUGUCCCUGUCAAAGAGCAUCCGUUUUAUCGUGUUCAACCCCUCCUUUGUGUUCAUGGACCAUUACAGCUUAUCUGUCACAGUGCCUGUUCUGAUUGCAGGCUUUGGUGUUCUCCUGGUGUUAAUCCUGACUUUUUUCCUAGUGAUCCACCCUCUGGGAAACUUCUGGCUAAUUCUUAGCGUCACCUCAAUUGAGCUGGGCGUUCUGGGCUUAAUGACAUUAUGGAACAUCGACAUGGAUUGCAUUUCUAUCUUGUGCCUUAUCUACACUUUAAAUUUCGCCAUUGACCACUGUGCACCACUGCUUUACACGUUUGUAUUAGCAACUGAGCACACCCGAACACAAUGUAUAAAAAGCUCCCUGCAAGAGCAUGGGACAGCCAUUUUGCAAAAUGUUACUUCUUUUCUUAUUGGGUUGGUCCCCCUCCUAUUUGUGCCUUCGAACCUGACCUUCACACUGUUCAAAUGCUUGCUGCUCACGGGGGGUUGCACACUUCUGCACUGUUUUGUUAUCUUACCUGUGUUCCUAACCUUUUUCCCCCCUUCCAAAAAGCACCACAAGAAAAAGAAACGCGCCAAGCGGAAGGAGAGAGAGGAAAUCGAAUGCAUAGAAAUUCAAGAGAACCCUGAUCACGUCACCACAGUCUGAAGGGUGUAGACUAAUGGAUUAUUUUUCUUUUCCAGUAUUGCACAACGAUGCAGGGCAGGCAAAGCUCAGACCUCAGCUGCUUGGGCUGGCCAGGGGUAACCAGGCAAGUCAGAUCAAGAGUGAAUUAUUCAUGACACAUCAAGGUGUCCACUUCUUGGGGGGAAGAAGGACUCAAAGAAGGGGAAAAAGUCCUUUGCAACCUUGUUCUCCACUAACGAUAAGUUUCUGGAUGUGACCUUGGAGCUCUUCCAAGGAAUGGACGAAUCAAUGGAGUGUUAGAAGGCCAAAGGAGCCAACUGCUUUUAAAAAUAAAAUGCUUAGGAGAGAUGGAGUGGAGAAGAUGGGGGCCUCCAAAUAGUGGAAAAGACAUAGGAAAUGUCAAAAUUGCUAUGACAGUUUUCAUCUUUGUUUUUUGAUCAGGUUGGUCAAAGGAAACCUAUGCACUUGGGAAGUACAUAUUUAAUCCCAUCUAAGCCAAAGCACUUCCCAAUUCAUUUUAAGUGUGCGUAUAUAUGUGUAUGUGCCAUAUAUACAUAUACUUAGAUUUGUCUUUAGUGUACCUUGACAUCUGUGUGGAGGGAGGUGCCCAUCUGCAGACCGGCUGGCCUUUCUCUAGAAAGUCAAACCAGCCUUAGCCAAAUAUAGACCCAUUAAUGACCAUUCAAAAUCGAUUCAAGUGUUGCAGCAAGAGUACUGUUCACCUGUGCAAUAAGCAAAAUAAACAGAGAUGUGAGCCCAUUAGAUUCACAUAUCAUGUUGUCAGUCUUUGAGAUUCUUGCUUUGGAUGACUUAGCAAAAAACGCAAAAGGCAUUUGAAUUAAUUACCACGUGGGCAAGGUUUAAAAUCUCAUGUUAGUGCUAAAUAGUUACUGUGGCUUUUCAUUGGCUUUUAAUGAUUCUCUGUAUUUGGGAGGACUGAUUUAGCUGCUUUUAGGGAGCUCACCCACUGCAAAUGAGCACUUUACAUGCAUUGUUCAUACAAAUGUGUGUAAAGUUGCACAAGAGUGUGUGUGUGUGUGUGUGUGUGAGAGAGAAAGAGAGAGUUGAGGUAUUCCGUAGUUACAGUAUUCUCAUUUUAGAUGUUGAAAAUAUACUGCCAUGGAAUAUAGAUAAUUAACAUAGGAGAAAGUGGGCAUAACUAGGAAACUUGUUAUAGAAGGAAAUAGAGUAAACGGGGCAUCACCACUCGUCAUGUGUUAUCAACUGGUUCUUAGUGUAAAGAAAAUACUCUAAACCUAUCAAGUCUAGUGUGUUCCUUGCAUUAAUAUUUGGAACAUUAACCCAGGCCACAAUCACUAUAGUGGUGGUCGCUAUAACUCCUGCAAUAUUGUUUUGUAGCUUCUUGCAAUAUCAUUGUUCUUGUUACCUGAAAAGUGCUUGUCAGUUGGCAGGCCUCCUAGGGUGAUCGUCGCUCUCCACAGGUGACGGAUUAACUGUAACUGCUGCUGAAUUCUCUCUGAAAAACAGUACUAAGGGAAAUGUUUUCCUUGUGUUAAAAUUUACAACUGCUCCCCAGCAGAUAGACUCAGUCUGUUGGGUGCGUCCUUGGAUCAAUGGUGUGCUUCCUGUCACAGAAAAUUACUAGAAAAUGCCUUUUCCCGUGCCAGGCAGUAAAAUAACUUAAUUUUCAGGUAGGACUGAACAAAUGUCCAAUGAUUAUGAAAUCUGCUAGUCAGCUCUUUUACCUGGAGGAGAGCAACUGUCUCCCACCAACUUUGGUUGCAUAGUUUAAUUGAAUUUAAAAUAUUAAAAUCUCAGACAAACAAACAAAAAAAAGACUUUUUGGACUCACGUUCAGAAAAGAGAUACAAGCCAUUCCAGUCUCGUUGCAGUGUUUGGAAAUGAAGUUGGUAGAUUAAUGAAGUAAUGAAACAACAAAACGGGUAUGCUUUUACAAAUAAAGAGUUUACUGGAAUAUUAAGGGAAAGGAGAACUGUCUCUACAAUGAAAAACCUUUAACCAAAUUCUGUUUUAUUAAAUGGAGUUUGUUUUGUCCUACCUUGAGGUUAUUGAGUUUCUAUUAGAAAUGAUCCAUGUCCUUUCAGUUGUGUUCAUAUGGGCAAAAUAUCAAUAGAUCGAGUAUGGAAAAUAAUGGCCAUAAUAUAGCAUUAUUGUUUGUACGUUAUUUGUAAAGUCAUGUCACAGAUAACCCUAGCCUUUUGCCUCCUGAACUGCUCUGCUAGGAUGAACUGGUAUUUGGCACCAGCAGACCUGCAGACCAUGACCUUAUAUCUGAAGUGGAAAUUUCUGAGGCAUUGGGUUUUUUGGUGGCAUCGGGGGGACUCUUCUUUCACAGUUUACUCAUCAUUUGUGAAGAUGUGUUUGCCGAGAUAUUCCGUUAACUAUCAGUCCAUCUCUUUCCGAAAUGUGCCAUACUCCAUUAAGUUACCAACUUUUAAAAAGCUUGCCUACUUGGGUCAUUUUUUUUUUCUUGAUUACCUUAGACAAUUCCAAAGAAGAUUGCAAAGAAGAUUGACAGGUUGGUUUAUAAAGAAAGACUCAAGUGUUCCAGUUGCCAAAUGCAUAUGGGGAUAGUGGCAUAACUACCCCAAUCCUGAGGCAGUUCUAAUAUCAUGUCUCCAUCUAGGUGGUCUCUAUUUGGAUGGAGAAAACAGUUCUUUUUUAGCUUAUAUGUUCAAGGAUCAAAGUGACUAAGAAAAAUAUGAAUUUCUCAUUGUUCAAGAGACUAGAGAGGUGGAAUUUUGGAAGGGAUAUUUUCUUUUCCAGGACACCAUGGUACUCCUUAGUGAACUGUAGCAAUAAUUUAUUGAAAUGGGAUUUCUUGUCCUGGAAGAGUUAAUAUACCACACAAAAUGCCCUAACUCAGUCCUUGAAAGUAAUUUAAGCCUAGGAAGAAUGUAACUGAGCAUCCUCUGACCUCCCAAACUCACUGUGAAACAGGUAUUUCCAAGAAUCCCAUUUGCCGAAUGCCAAGAUACAUCCUAAAGUAUAAGAUCAUGAUUUGCAUGUGACACCAAACCUCUGCUUCUUUCAGUAGCUCAUGUGCAACUCUUCUAGUUUUUCAAGUUUACUCCUGUUGUUUACUCCUUUUGUGAAAUAUUGAUGGCACUCAAAUUAGGAACUUAUCUAGUGCUAGAAGAUGACCAGUCAACUCCAGGAAGAGAAGAAACCUAUGGGAACUAUCUCAGAUAUGUAGAAUAUUUUCUUUGGCUGAAACAUGUUUUUCCCUUCAAGUGAGAGUUUAAAAGUUUGCGAAAACCACACCCUUUCUGAAUUUAAACUGGGAUGUGGAUUUGUUUCCUCCCAUUGGAAUUUAAAUUUGAAUUAGUACCAUAAGAGCUCCACUCUCCGUGACGGUUAAUAAAGCUUCAAAGAGGUACUCACUAAAUGAUAGAAAGGAGAUUUGGCUAACAGGUUCUUUCCCUCCUAUAGUUAAAGGUGAUCAUAUGCUGACUUAGACCAUGCACAAGUGUUUUAAAUGAAAGGUAUACUUAAAUGUCAUCCCGUGAAUUCUUUCAGGGACCAGUGAACCUCUUUGAAGGUUGUGCAUGAAUACUCUAUGAAAGAAUUAUUCUCCACUGUGGCUGUAUCAUGUGAGUGUUCCUUUCCCAUUUUAUUCCUAUUUAUUUCCACAGAACUGUUGGUUUUACCUUGUGAGAUUAGAAGAAGAAUUAUGACAAAUGAAGCUCCUAUGAUGCCAUAAUAGCCAUUCUUGAAUGUUGAGUUCAAGAGGGUGAGAGCUUUUUCCAUUUUGUAAUUACCCACUGCAUUUUCCCAUAAUAAGCUGAUCCUCCUAGGCUUGUGGUUAGAGCUAGGGAUUAACUAUUGCCAUUCAGAAUUACAUGUAUUUUUUAUAAGUUGACUGUAAAUAUUAUAAUUACAGUCACCUAUUUUUCUGGCCAAAUAGUUAUGAAUGCCUGGCACUAUGCAUGAAUUGUUACUAAUAGUACAUAGAUUUUUAAAGACACUAUUUUCAUGGUUAUUGCAACUUUUAUUAAAAUUCUCACGUCACCUAUUCAUAAAUGCCUUGUAGGUUUUAGUUCCAAGGGCCUAGAGUCCAUAGAAAUUUCCAUACCAAGGGGAACAGUUUAAAAGUUGCCUUCCCUGGGUGUCGAUGGCAGCAACCUCUUCUAGAAUGUCCUCUGGAAAAUCCUAGAGGGUAAAUCUGGAUUCCAAGUAAAGGACGUAGCAGAUUCUAUGUUAGUCAGUAAUUAAGCAUACUUUAGUGUCCCGUGUUUGCUAAUCUCAAGUUGAAACAGAGAAUACAAUGCCUUGAGAAUAGAAUUUAGAUGUUGUCUCCCGUGGAUUGGAGAACUCAGUAAUUUGCUCCAUCUCUUUCUUCUAGAGGGAUCUCUGUUCAAUCUAUUUUGUUGGUGUUUGCAAAUGGUAUUGAUAAUCCUUUCAAAUGUGAACCUAAAAACUUUCAUUUAUACCAAAAUAGAUUUAGGAACACUUUUAUUCUCUUUAAA